AUGGCUUUCUGGUCAGAAUGGAACUACCAAUUCACUUUGAUGCGUAUGAUCUCUGAUUCAAGUAUUGGAGGUUUGAUACUCGAGAUAGCUUCAAAUGUUCCAUUAUCUUCUGGAGAAUAUCAAUGGACUGUACCAUUUGGACUCGAUAUAAAUAAUGUUCAUUUUCCACCAUGGGCAAUUCUGAGCGAUUGUGAUGGAACCCAGACACUUUCAGGUGCUUUUUGGGUGAAUGAUGCUGCAGUACUUAAGAGAGAUGAUAGUAACAGCAUUGAUAAAAAGGCCCGGUUACCAGACCCAGAUCUCACUGUUAGUACUAGCAUGAGUAGUACUAGUGUAGGUGGCGACAGCAGUAGCUCAACGAAAAUUGGAAAGGUUACUUCGGCUAGUAUGCUGGGAAAUAAUGGCAUUUCUAGUUCAAUAUCGAUUUCGGGUACAGCCACAAGCAUGAUAAAUAGCACUAGACAUACACAUCCUACAUUAUUUGCAACAUCAACCAACACACUACAAGAUUCAACCAACGCACCGCAAGAUUCAACCAAUACACCGCCAGUUUCCGGUGAGAAGAAACGAAUGCAUAUGAUAGUUGGUAUUGUCGUUGGUAUCUUAGGUUUAUUUGUUUUGGUGAUAGUAUAUAUAAAUAUCCAUCACCGAGAUAAGCAUGAGCAACCUCUUACAUCACCAUGGAAGAUGUGGAGUGACAGGAACGCGGUGGAGCUAGAAACAACUGCUAAUUCCCAUGAGUUGGAGGAGCCUGGAAAGUUUGAAUUGCAUGGUACGAGUAUGAAGGGAAAGAUAUAUGAAUUGGAAGGGAAAAGUAUCAAGAAAGCUGCUCCGGUAGAUGUUGGUGAUUGA